CGCCUGUCUGUCUGAAUAAGAGACGAACCAACCUCUCUCUCCCAAACCCUAAUUUGCUCCUUUUUUUUUUUUCUCACAUUUUCAAUGCAUGGAUCUGAUUCCCUGCAAUUAUGCCCCACUCACAUCACCAAUCAAAUCUCCUUUUUCCUCCUAAACUCAGAUCUCUCCAUCAUAUAAGACGUCGGUGGCACCUCCUUCCAUAGAAUCUCGCCAAACGUGUUGUUGAUUUCUUUAAGGUUUGUUCCUCUCUGCAAUCUUCCUGGAAUUGCAUUCAAGUUUCUGCUUGCUUUUUGCUGGAGACCCAUUUUCAUGAAAAUAUAGAGGAAAUUAACUCUUUUUUUGUAUCGCUUGCUUUCUGUUCUAAUAAUUUUAAUUAUUGGCCAAUGUAAUUUCUUAAAUUCUUCGUCAUUAAUUUAGAAUGAAUCAAGAAUUGGUAGAUCUGUGUGAAUGCACUUUUUUUGCUUAAUUUAUUCAAUCAUAAAGGGUCCAUAAAUUCUUUCAUUUUCUCGUAGCCGGAAAACAGAGCAUCGGAAUUUCAAAAGCAAGAAAUAUAUAUAUAUAUAUAUAUGGCAACCGCAACACCAAUACCGGUACUGCAAAAACCACCCGGUUUUAGAGACCCGAACGGCUUGCCGGCCAGACCUGCUAAACCGGUACCGCGAAAAGUGGCACUUCCACCUUCUUUCAACCCAAAGAAGAAGCGCCGGAACUGUUGUCCUGCGUGCUACUACUGUUGCUGUGUUUUUCUUCUGAUCCUUGUCAUUCUCAUUGUAAUAUGCGGGAUUGUUUUCUUCUUCUGGUUCGACCCGAAGCUUCCUACCUUCCACAUCCAGUCAUUCCGGUUCACCCGUUUCAACGUCACGUCCAGAACCGACGGGCAGUACCUGGACGCGCAAACGGUGACCAGGAUUGAGGUUAGGAAUCCUAACGAGAAGAUAUCGUUUUAUUACGGUGCGACGGAGGUGGACGUGAGCGUGGGGGAGGGGGACGACCAAACCGAGUUGGGGACAGCGAGAUUGCCUGCGUUCACGCAGAAGAAUCAGAACACGACGAGUUUGAAGAUAGAGACAAAGGUGGAUGACCAGCAGGUGAAUGAAGGAACCGGAGACAGGCUCCUGGCUCGGUUUGGAAGCAAGAAUUUGGCGGUGAAGGUGGAGGUUAGGACGAAGGUGGGGGUGGGUGUGGGCGCGAUGAAGUUUGGCAAGUUUGGGGUGACUGUUACGUGCCGUGGAGCCACCUUAAAGGAGCUCGACGGCAGUACCAUGCCCAAGUGUGAUAUCACCUUGCUAAGAUGGUGCAACAUCAUGGUUUUGUCUGUAGAACAAGAGGUGUGGGUCAUGACAUCUCAACAACACACAGGAAAACUCAACCUGGUAGAGGGUAAUGCUGGACUGUGACUGCCUCUUAAAGCAAGGAUAAGCGUGAAAGGGAUAUGGUAUCUAUCUCAUCCUAUUGUGUAUAAGUGUAUAUUUUAAUACUGGGGGAGCUUUGUGGGGUUCAAUGCCUAAUGUAUUUGGAGUUUGGGUGAGUUGUAACUUGAGAGGGGUUGGAUGUCAAUAUUGUAAUUAUAUCAUUUGAUGUAUAAUAAAAGUUGAGAAAUGAU